GCAAUCGUUUCCCUCGUGUCGGACGCCGUACUCCGUAGUUGGCCGCAGUUCUUCGUACUCAUCUCGUUUUAUCGCGUAGUUUUCUGCCGUUAAUUUGCUUCCAACAUGAACGGUAUCGUAAGAAGCGCGUUUCGCGCCACGGCACUUCGCGGCAUGCUGUCGUCCUCGUGCGGCAGCAACAGCAGCGGCCAACCCGCCAGGGCUCUGUGGAACGUGUGUGGUCGCCGGCAGAGUGCCGAGAUCACGCCUCUCAUUUCCACGCCUGAACUGCAUGAUCUUCGCGCUCAAAGAUGCUACAGCACGUCGCAUACCAAAGCGGAAAAGGAAUUAGUGGAAUUUCUAGCUGAGGAGAUAGUAGCUGAAAAGAAGGCACAGAAGUUGAAGAUGAUACCAACAACAUUAAAUGGCUUUUCUGUGUCUCUCAAUGGUGCCGAAGUCAAUCUUGAAAAGAAAGAUGGCAUUGAUAAUAUCCAUAUUUCAUUUAAUGUAAACCAUACGGUAGAUGCAGACACUGAAUCAGAAAUGAAUCCUAAUAGUGAUAAUGUAGACAUAGGUGAAAUGAAGAGCAAGCCGAACUUUACAGUAGACAUAGUGAGAGGCAAUCAGACUUUAGGUUUUUCGUGUUCUUUUAAUAACCAAGCUGGUGCAUCAGGUGCCGAUGAUAAUUAUAAUGACAUAUUUGGCAUUGAUGAAAUCACACUGUACGAAGGUAACCACAAUGAUAAGGUGUAUUCCGUGGCUGGUGAAAUCAUUGAUGGAUAUCUGUACGAUCUACUGAUGAACUAUCUUGAGGAGAAAGGUAUCUCAAACGAAUUUGCAGAGAAACUGAUCGAGUUGAGCACAUGCUAUGAACAUACAGCCUACGUCAGCUUAUUGGAAGGCUUAUCAAAGUUCACAUCUGGAAAAUGAUUCUAGGAAUUAAAGUAUUAAGAUUAUCUGCGAUUCUCUCAUAUAACAAUGUAGUUCGUAAGAAUUGUUAAUAAAAUUAUGUGCUGAUGCGUAUUUUUAUUGAUUAAUU